AUGUUGUACAUCACGUUCGUCGCAGUAACUGUUGUCUUAUGUCCUGUGGCGUAUUUCGGCUUCUGCUUCAUCGUAUACUUAUACGAUGCAAAAGCCCUUCGUCGAUUCCAAAACUUAUCGUUCCUUUCUGGCCUGAGUGAUAUACAAUGGGUAUGGGAGUCGAUUCGCGGUCGGCGAUAUAAGACUCUUCAUAUGGCUCAUCAAAAUGCGACAAUUGUUCGUGUUGCUCCGAACGUUCUUUCCUUUAAUCACCCAAAAGCUGCUACCGCCAUUUACGGACACGGCACCCCAACCACCAAAUCGCCUUUCUACGACGCUGGUCAUGGUCAUUUCAAGAAUGUAGCCGACACGCGAGACAAAGAAGAACAUUCCCGGAAGCGACGACUUCUUGCCACCGGUUAUGCUCUUACCACACUCCUUCGGUGGGAAGACAAAGUCGCGAGCCGUAUCAAUGCUCUCUUGAACCAGUACGAUAAGUUCUGUCUCCGGCUAGAUGUCGCGAGAAGGGCAGAUGCUAUUCCAGUGGAUCAUCGACGGUGGAUGGACAUUUUCACCAUUGAUGCGAUACACGAUAUUGGCCUCAGUGCGAACCUCCGCCUAAUAGAGAAAGGCGAUGAUUUAAUCGAGGUCCAAAACUCGCGCGGCCAGUCCUACCAGUGUCAAUUCCGCAAGUCGCUGUGGGGGAACUUGCGGAUUCAUGCCUCAUUUGCCUGGGCUCCGCGGUGGUACGGCUUGCUUAAAAGACUCACAUGGUGGGAUUCGCGAUGGCAAGACAACGUGGCCUUCAAUGAUAUCGUCGCCACUGCAUGCAAGCACCGGAUACAGCGCCAUUUAGCAGGAGAGAAACUAGAUGACUUUUUCUCCUUUCUUCUUGGAGACAAGAAUGGCGUACCGAACAUGCUGAUGCUAGGGGAAAUGACAGUGGAGUGUUCUGUUAUGCUGAAUGCUGGGAGUGAGACCACCGGCAUAGCUCUUAGCAACCUCCUUUACUUACUCAUUGUCAACCCAAAUGCUCUCGAGCGACUGCGGCGAGAAGUAGACGAGGCACUGGACGGAAUCGAAGAUACGAAAGUCGCGCCCUUCGCCAGAAUUCGUUACCUGCCGUAUCUGAAAGCGUGCAUUGACGAGGGGUUACGACUUCUGCCACCCAGCGCCACCACAACUCCACGAUACACGCCACCGUCGGGUCAGGACAUCAUGGGCUACUGGAUUCCGGGUAAUACUGAGGUGCUUUGUCCUACCUACAGCCUCCAAAGAAAUCCAGAGAUAUUUUCGAAUCCCGAUGUCUUUGAACCAGAGCGGUGGUUGAGUGACAACGCUAAAGAUCUGCACACAUCGUUUCUCCCCUUCAGUGCAGGGCCAAGGGCUUGCAUUGGCAGAAACAUCACGUACAUGGAGCAACAAAUGUUGAUUGCAUCUCUGGUGCAUCGCUAUACGUUUGAGUUGAUUGCUCCUGAUUUCAAGCCAGCGUAUGAAGAGGCCGUUACGUGCUCGCCGGGUCCUAUACCGAUCUAUCUUUUUAGACGAGAUGAAACUUAG